UAUAAAAAGCAAUUGAUUUGUGGUUUUAUUAACUUUUUUUGUCCAGGGCGCAAAUGUGCGUGCUGCAUGAAAUUUUGAAACCCCGCGCAGCGAUCGAAUCAGCGUAGCGCACUGCGCAGUCUCACUGACUAUCAUUUGUUGGCCGGCCUGGUUGGAGCAAGAUUUUUCUAUUGGAAGCCAUUAAAAACCAGACUCGCUGUCAAAAUACACACUGCAAUAAUGCAGUAUAAUAACGUUUAUCACAAUAACACAAUGUUUAGAUCUAGACCCGAUCGAGCUGGUGACAUGUACAAUAAGCAACAGCAGUCCAACUAUUGGUGCGGACCUCCUCACGCCAUGGCCCCCAUUCAAGACUUCGGUGGUCCAAAACAACAGUACAAAAAGAAACAGAAACCUGAAAACAACAUGCAGUUGGGAGUACCUCUUUGGCAAGAACAAGACCUUAAACCAUUCAGGAAAAAUUUCUAUGAACCACACCAUCAGAGUUUGGCCAGGACACCUUCAGACGUUGAAAAUUACAGAACCAGAAUGGAUAUCAUCGUUAGAGGAACUGAUAUACCACAACCAAACUUUUGUUUCGAAGAAGGCAAAUUUCCAGAAUACAUCAUGCAGGUUCUGUUGAAACAGGGAUUCAAUGAACCCACUGCUAUCCAAUCACAAGGUUGGCCCGUCGUUUUAUCUGGAAGAGAUUUGGUAGGAAUUGCUCAAACUGGUUCUGGUAAAACUCUAGCUUAUAUGAUACCAGCUGCAGUGCAUAUAAACCACCAACAAAGACCACAAAGAGGAGAAGGACCUAUCGCACUAAUUCUUGCUCCAACUAGAGAGUUGGCUCAACAAAUACAAAAAGUAGCCCACGAAUUUGGCACUACUACGAUGAUUAGGAACACAUGUAUAUUCGGUGGCUCUCCCAAAGGACCCCAAGCCAGGGAUCUGGAGAGAGGCGUAGAAAUUGUGAUAGCAACUCCAGGAAGAUUGAUAGAUUUCUUGGAAAAGGGUACUACGAACUUGGCGAAGUGUACUUACUUGGUUUUGGAUGAAGCAGAUAGGAUGUUAGAUAUGGGUUUUGAGCCUCAGAUUAGGAAGAUUAUCCAACAAAUUAGGCCGGACAGGCAGGUUCUGAUGUGGUCUGCUACAUGGCCCAAACAAGUACAACAGUUAGCUGAAGAGUUUUUAGAAAAUUAUAUUCAGGUCAAUGUUGGAGGACUCUCUCUAUCUGCAAACCACAACAUAAAACAAAUAGUAGAAGUUUGCGACGAACUAGAGAAGGAAGAAAAACUGAUUAGGUACUUGAAGGAAUUUGGCUCAGACAGACAAAACAAAAUAAUCAUCUUCGUAGAAACCAAGAAGAAGGUCGAUGAUAUUACAAAAGUCGUCAAGAGAGAAGGAUUUUCCGCAAUUUCAAUGCAUGGAGACAAAUCACAGCCCGAACGUGAUUACGUAUUGAAUGAGUUCCGUUCUGGUAAAUCGUCCAUUUUAGUAGCUACCGAUGUUGCAGCUAGAGGAUUGGACGUGGAAGAUGUCAAAUAUGUAAUAAACUAUGAUUACCCCAAUUCCAGUGAAGACUACGUUCAUCGUAUUGGUAGAACAGGACGUUGCCAACAAGCAGGUACUGCAUACGCUUUCUUUACUCCAAACAACCAACGCCAAGCCAAAGACUUGAUAGCUGUAUUGGAAGAAGCAGGCCAAGUAGUGAACCCACAACUGCUCGACCUAGCCCAGCAAGCCAAGAGCACCAAUCCUAAGCAACACCGUUGGCAAAACAGAAAUAAGGACAAUUCUUCGCCUAGCAGUCAAAAUUCCAACAAGGUGAAGACUUGGACGAACUCAAAGAGCUUCGGUGAGUUCAAGCCCAACAGUGGGCCUAGGAUUACCAAUAACAUGAGAAACGACGCGAUGCAGAGAAACCAGAGGAACAAUUACAACAAUUUCUCUCAUUACCAGAACGGACAGGUCUACCAACAGUCUUACAGCCCCAACAGCAUGUACCAAGCGCAACAGCAAACUCAGCAACAGUCGAUUUCUAACGGAACUCCCAGAAACUAUGGUAAGGACUAUUAUGGUGCCUCCGUUUUAUUUGAUUCUGACAGACAUUACGAGUCUCCCAAGGAGUACCAUUGCAAUAAUCCUCGUCAGUACAACAACCAACGGUACAGCGAUCGCCAAUCGUACCAAGCUCCCCAAGCCAACAUGUACCACACGAUCCCAGCCCAGUACAUGGUGCAGUCACAGCCCGCCGACGGCAUGCAGUCCAUCAUGAACCACAAAUUCUUCCAGAGUCGAGGACUACCCGGCGCCACCAACCCAUGCGCCUACCAGUCGAUGGGCCAGGGCCAGCCCACACCCGCCUACAAUCAGUUCCCAGCUGGGGUGCCUUACUACCAGUACACCCAACCCCCCACUGCCGCAGUACAGCAGUAACUUGCCACCCCAAACACCUAAUCAUUCGUUUUUCUUUUUUGUUGUUUAAAUUUUUAUAACUUCUAUCGAUUCAUAAUUGGCUAGUGUGAGGAGAGAUCUGAUAUAUACAAGUCACAAACGUGAAUAAAUUUUUUUGACGAUGUAAUUAAUUUUGAGAAUAGUAGAUAAAUGACAAAUGGCUUUUAAGUGCAGUUCUAUGUUGAUACAACAACGAAUUUAUGUAGAUAUAAAUUUAUGCAUGUUUGAGUACGAACUGUCCUAAUACGAUCAUGUCGGAACAAUCAAAAAGUUCUUAUCUUUGGCUCCAAUAUUUCUCUAAUGUGUGGGAAGUCUAUACAAUCGUAUUUAUAUAUUUUCACAUUUUUCACGAUUUAACUAGUACUUACCACACUACGAAAGUUUCAUCAUAUCUUUAUCUGUAACUAUUUGUAAGAAGAAUGUAACCUAAUGUAACUUUUAAACUCAAUGUAUACAUUGCUGUGCAUAAAAUUCGGGUUAUUCGGUAAUUUGAAUUUAAUUUGGAAGUUAUUAUUCUUUUUUAACUAUUUUCAGUUAUGUUAUAGCGUAAGUUGCUAACGAAUUGCUUAACGAAAUGAAACCAACGUUUCUAUCCUUCAAAGUAUAUUGAACUGACUGUGUUUGAAUUCACGUAAAUGUGUGGUUGUAAAAAUAGUUCGAAACAUGUGUUCCCGUCUUUCUCUUAACCCACGCUCCCAUUAUCGAUAACCAUGGUAUUUUGCGGGACGAACGGGGAGCAAUGAUAGGACGACAAGGGCGAAGCCGUAAAAUUCUUCCUGCAUCGGAGAGACCCUUUUGAAAAGUUAAGGCGUGAAGACACCAACUCGUGUGUACACUUCGUUCGUUUGCUGGUUUCUCAAGAUCGACAAGUUAUCGCAUAACAAUGGAGAAUUAUCUCGACCCUGAAGAACAAAUACAAUGCCCUUACAACAGUGCUCAUCUAAUACGAAGAAAGGUAUUUAAUAUGCAUCUGGUAAAGUGCAAGAAUUUAAUGCAGACAUUAAAUUGGUCCAAUGCGACCCAUUUCAUAGAAGAACCAUGCUUACAGCAUCAUCACGUUAAUUGUCCUGAUCGAAAGAAAAGUGAGAUGCAUUAAUUAUGCGUCUCAUGAAAAUUAUGAAUUGUGAAAAUUAAACUUCAAGUGUGUACACACCUGUAUCACAUCUUCGUUGGUUCAUCGCUGCUGUCUCAACGUAAGUUUUUCCUAAAUUAGUUACACAUUUUACCUUUCAUGUUUUUAAAUUGUUUGUACAAUCAUUGUGGUCCAGUUACUCUAGUUUAAGAAGAUGUAUAUAUAACCAGCAGUAUGAAGUAUGAAAUCUUACUUAUUACAGAUGAUUUCGAAGGGAAACUGCCGUGACCAUAUGGCUUCUCAAAGCACUAGAAACGUCAAAACUGUCAUCUCAAGCCGUUUUAAUUCUGCCUCGACCUGAACCAGAUCUUCGAGUAAGCAGACUGGUCUCUUCGUACUGUCGACAUACUCGAUGCGCGCUUGACCAACGUUUCGCGUUGACCAUGACCAUCUUCUAUCGCCGCAACAACAGAACUUACGCACAUUGCAAUAUAUUGACAGAUACAAUUGACGUUCAAACCAUGACGUAAAGGGCCCUUAUCUCAAACGCUUAUAAAAACAGCAACAAUAACUUUUUUCAAGCAAUCUAUUAGUAAACUAUGUUACAACCAACUGUAGUUAAAAAAGUAAUAAUUUAUAAAAAUUCAAAUUACGGGGUGUCUCUAAUUUUAUGCUCGGCAGUGUAUAAGAACAUAAACAUAAAAGGCUCAUUUCAGUUAUAUAUUUAUUAAUUUAUCGAUUGCUUUUAUCCGACAUGGUUGUAUUUAAAAUUUUUCGGUGUUCUAGUUCUAUUGUUCCCUUGAAACCCUCGAAGAGGCUCUCCGUCUAGCUGUUUGUUUGCUGGUACGGUAACGACAUUAUGCCUUCUCCCCGCUGAUGUUGGCCGUUCAGCUGUCGGUGUUAUAACAUUAAGAAUUGGACUUCACCAAUAUCAGACCAAUACCAAUGGCUUAGAGUAUAUUAUACGUUUGUUUUUAUUUAUUAAAUCGUACAAUAUUACUAAAGCGUUGAUUCGUAGACUAAAACUUUGUUUUCGCUCCAUGUACAGUUCGACAAGUCGAAAACUGGCGCCUCAAGUCAAGUUUUUGUAGAAUAAAUGUGGCAAAUAAAAUAAAUUUUUUCUAGCAAAGCCUGCAUAAAUACGAACAAUUGUUAUUUUUAGUUGAUACACAAUUUGACAUAUAGAAAUUCAAUGCUAAAUCACAAGAAGCUUCAUAAAAAUCAGUGUUUUACAUGUUUUUACUCAAAUCAGUUAUAAUUUAAUAAAAAACUGCAUCUAUCUUCAAUUAAACGAUCUCCAGAUAAAAAUUAUUCAACAAAUAGAUUUUUUGCAAGCAAAAUUUGUCAAAAAAACUGAUGUUACUGCUAUGACAGUAUUUAAUUUGGAGUUGACCUAUCUUGUCUCAAAAGUCGCCAAAUUCUUAAUUGGAUUUAGAUCUGGGUGACAAGGUGGAAGCUUUCAUGGUAAAGUCAUGGCCCUGAUCUUAAACAUCUUCAACAUAAUCAGUAUCUUCUGAGUUAUCUCCAAAUGCACCAAAUACACCAAUACAAAUAUAAUUUUGGCAAAUACUUUUGUCCACUCUUGCACAGCUUAAAUUGAUAAAAAACUCAUCAGAUAAAGCUGUACCAUCGUGGAAUCUGAAGUUGGCAUAUUUUACUUGGAAAGCUGUCCAAUUUUCAAUUGGAUGUAAAUCUGGGUAAUAAGGUGCAAGUCUUCAUGUUAAAAUCAUCACAGAUCACAGACAUCUUCCAAACAAAAUCAAUAACUUGUGCGUCAUUUCCUAAGUCAAUUAAUUUUGAUCCAAAAAUGCAUUAAAUACUUUUUUUUGGACAGAAACUGUCUUCAAGAGUUUGGCAAAUACUUUUUCCAUGUAACUAAUUUGUCAAAAAGUUGAUCAGAUAAAACUGAAAGCUGAAAGAAGCUCGGACCAAAUCUAAAUUCAAUUAACGUUAGAUCUGGGUGACAAGGUGGACGUUUCAUGGUAAAAAUUUAAAACUGGUACAUAUUUCUAAGUUUUAGAACUCGCUUGUUAGUUUUUAAUAAAAAACAACAUUUACAAAACAAUU